GGAAACCACGAGCUUCACCUACCAAACGAAGGGCUACGCCACACAUGAGUCACUCAAAAGCGUAUUCCUUCGUUGAGGAGCACAAUUUGAGUAUAUUAGCUUUGAAAAAAAAAACCUCAUAUGCUCUCGAUAAUGUCCACUUCAACGCCUUUCGCACUUGACCAUAUCAUUAUUCUUCUACCGGCAGAGAUCUUGGACAGUCCGCCCAAAGUAUUUACAGACGCCUUCACAAUAUUACCGGGGGGUGCUCAUGCGGACGGAAAGACGUACAACAAGCUUGUCAUCCUACAAAGUGGUGUCUACCUUGAAUUCAUUGCCUUUAUCGAAGACAGUGCGGCAUCUAAGGAAGGCCACUGGUGGGGCUCAAAGACAGCGGGGAGCAUUAUUGACUGGGCGCUUGCGAGUCAAAGUGUGGAAGACAUCGAGAAGCUGCAUGAUUUCUACGAAGAGCCGAGGAAAGGGGGUAGGAAGCGGCUGGAUGGAAAGAGCGUUGAGUGGUAUGUUACGUUCCCGAAGGACGGGAUGGAAAGGGGAAGUGUGCCAUUCUUCUGUCACGAUAUUACUCCCAGAGAACUUCGAGUGCCCCCGGAAGGCUUGCAGCACCCAAGUGGUGCCUUGGGCGUGGACAGAAUCGUUGUUGUAGCAACCAAGGACUGGCUUGAAGAUCUGGCAAUGAGAUACGAAAAGAUCUUUGGUCGUUCACAUGACGGUGAACCCAAGUCCUGGAGGGUAAAUGAGCCGACGACUAAGGGAGGAAGUACAAGCAGGUUUGGAAGCGGGACAAUCGUGCAACUUCGAGAAGCGAGUGAUGAAGAGGAUGCAGCCAUACUGAAAAUGAACGGAGGCAUAGCAGGAGUAAAGGAGAUUUCGCUCUUCUGUGUGGGAAAAGGCGGCAAGGACCCCGAUAGAGUGGUUGUUGAAGAUCUUAGACUUGCUAGAAUCAGAAUAGGACUUCGCUUCGUGGAUGCAUGACUGUCGCGAUCUUUGCGCUGGUGUUGAAAAAAUAUAAAAUAAGUAAUUAAAC